GAAAUGGCGAUUCAAACCCGGUGUCUUCUUCUUGUUUGGAUAUUGGUUGGGUUAUUAUCAGUCGAUAGCAGAGUCAGUGGUUCCUCACCUUCGCUCCAUCGUAAAAGCUUUCCCGCUGUGUUCGUCUUUGGAACAGCAUCAUCAGCUUACCAGUACGAAGGUGCAGCUAAAGAAGGAGGCAGAGGUCCAAGUGUAUGGGAUACUUUCACUCACAAGCAUCCAGAAAAGGUAGCAGAUGGAAGCAAUGGAGACGUGGCAAUUGAUUCCUAUCAUCGCUAUAAGGAAGAUGUUGGGAUUAUGAGAGAAAUGGGAUUAGAUGCAUAUAGAUUCUCGAUCUCAUGGUCAAGAAUUUUGCCAGAUGGAAAGGUAAGUGGGGGUGUGAACAAGGAAGGAGUUGCCUUUUAUAACAAUCUCAUCAAUGAGCUCUUAGCUAAUGGUAUACAGCCUUUUGUGACUCUCUUCCAUUGGGAUCUUCCUCAAGCCUUAGAGGAUGAAUAUGGCGGUUUCUUAAGUCCCCGUAUUGUGGAUGACUUUCGAGAUUAUGCUGCUGUUUGCUUCAAGGAAUUUGGCAACAGAGUAAAGUAUUGGAUCACAUUGAAUGAGCCAUGGAGCUAUACUACUAGUGGAUAUGCAUCUGGGGUCGCACCACCAGGUCGUUGUUCCGAUUGGCAAAACCGAAACUGCACCGGUGGCGAUUCUGGGAUCGAGCCAUACUUGGUGGCUCACCAUCUACUUCUUGCUCAUGCGGUUUCUGUAAAACUCUAUCGCCAAAAAUAUCAGGCAACUCAAAAGGGUAAGAUUGGGGUCUCAUUAAAUGCAGCCUGGUAUGUUCCAGUUUCAAAUGCAACACACCAGCAAAAUGCUGCUUCAAGAGCCAUGGACUUCAUAUUCGGAUGGUUUAUGGACCCAAUGACCAUCGGAAACUAUCCACACACCAUGCAAUCUCUAGUCGGAAACCGUUUGCCUAAAUUCAACAAAACACAAGCUGAGAUCCUUAGAGGGUCAUUUGAUUUUCUUGGAUUGAACUACUACACUACAAAUUAUGCAGCUGAUACUCCUAAGCUUAAUGUUGGGAAGCCAAGCUUCUUGACAGAUGCUCGUACUACUAUUUCAUCUGAGCAUAAUGGCAUUCCUAUUGGUCCUAAGACAGGUACAAGUUGGAUCCGUAUGUACCCAAGAGGAAUUCGAAACAUUUUACUUUACACUAAGAAAAAGUACAACAAUCCCUUGAUUUAUAUCACUGAAAAUGGGGUUGGUGAUACCUAUAAGAAUACCUCAUUGCCGUUAAAAGAAGCUCUUGUUGAUAAAGGGAGGAUCGAAUACCUUCGUCGACAUCUUUUGUCACUUCAAAGUGCAAUUAAGGAUGGUGCGAAUGUGAAAGGGUAUUUUGCAUGGUCGCUAUUGGAUAACUUUGAAUGGGGAGAUGGUUAUACCGUAAGAUUCGGCUUGAACUUUGUAGACUACAAAGAUGGGUUGAAAAGAUACCCAAAACUCUCGGCCAAUUGGUUCAAAAAUUUUCUCAAGAAACAAACAUGAUGAUGUUUUCCCUUGCGGUUCUUAGAUUUGUUACUAG